AUGCAGGAUCAGGUCAACAAGCUCUCUUCUCUUGGACUGAUUACGGCAGCUUUUAAAGGCAAAGACAAAGAGACAGAUGACUUGAUAGAAGCUGGAAAAGUUGAUAUAAUUUAUGCAUCACCAGAGUCCUUGGUUGGAGAUAGCCGUUGGAGACAGACCCUUCAAAAACUGCAUGUAACUGCAGUUGUAGUUGAUGAAUUCCAUACAGUAGCCACCUGGGGUGGUCUAGAAGCAGAAAAAGAAGAAAAGGUCUUCAGAAGGUGGUUUCGACACAUUGGAGAAAUACGGUCAUAUUUUCCGGAGGCAUCUGUUCUGGCACUAAGUGCUACCUGUACGAACACAAUUAAGAAAAGGGUCACAGAAGUUCUAGGAUUAAAGGAGUAUGAGUAUAUCACAGUUUCCCCAAACCAAGAAAACAUAAAAUAUAUUGUGAAAAAGGUGGAGCAGAAUAUUGAGUCUUCAUUGGUAUGGAUUGUGGACGCCAUUUCCGAGAUGAAGGAGAACUUUCCCCGAACAAUAAUAUAUUUAUUGGAGAAAGCAGUAAGAAAUCUGUCUUAUGACAGAGUUGAAGACACAUUGGAUUCCUCCAGUGACAGUGAUACUUUGUCAUAUGAGUAUGAAUCAGGUGAUGAUGACCUUACUGAAAUGAAUUAA